UCACUGAGGAAAAUCUUCUCCUCCCAUCGACAUUUUUUUUUUUUUUUUUUUGCACUACUGGCUGUAAAGUCAGUUGUGUUUACAGUAGACAUAUUCGAAUUAUCAUCUAAAUUAUGUGUAGUUUUCUUUUGGGGGAAGGGUUACGGUGAGUCGGGCGUGACCCCGGACUCGCUUCCGCCGCCGGCUGGAAAUCAUGCUAAUAUCGGCUAGCUUUUUCAAGCUAAUAAUGCAACGAAAUAAACAGCACUGAAAGAGUCAAUAAGCAAGAAAGGGAAUCACCAAAAUGAGCCUACGUAUGACCGAUCAAGCAGUCUAACAGUUUUUCUGUGUUGCAAUGAGGUGCUCCAGAGUCCAGCUCUGACCACCACGGGCCAUGAACUCCGUUUCCCCCAACGCGGUGCAGUACACUGGCGGCGUGAUGCUCAAUGAGUUAACGGAGAGCCAAAGGCCGCAGGCUCCGGCUCAGCAAGGCGGCUUUGGACUCAGACCUCCGCAGAGUCCGGAUCCAAGCAAAGAAGCAAGUGGAGAGCCCGAGGAGAUAGAUAAACUCAAAGCCAAAUUAAUGUCAGCAUGGAACAACGUGAAAUAUGGUUGGACUGUGAAAUCAAAGACCUCCUUCAAUAAGAUCUCACCGGUCACUGUCCUUGGACACGCCUAUCUGCUCAACAGCGAAGACCAGGUGGAGCGUUUCCGCCUGGCUUUUGUGUCCCGGCUGUGGCUGACCUACAGACGAGAGUUCCCCCAGUUGGAGGGCUCCAGCUGGACCACCGACUGCGGCUGGGGCUGCAUGCUGCGCAGCGGCCAGAUGCUGCUGGCUCAGGGCCUGCUGGUCCAUCUCAUGCCCCAAGACUGGACUUGGCCAGAUGCUCAGCAGUUAACAGACGUGGACUUUGAAGUGUUGCGAAUAAACUCGCCAGUGCGCGUCGCCGGGGUGCCCAUCCCGUCUUUCGGCUCCCCGCGAGGGUCCGGCACCCCUGAGAAGACGCCGCAAAGGGAUCCGACGCCCAAGAGUAGUCAGAAGAAAAAGUUUGAAUCCCCACGGGAUCGACAAGCUGAGCCCGUCCACCAGAAACUGCUCACCUGGUUCGGGGAUCAACCGCCGACACCUUUUGGGGUGCACCAGCUGGUGGCAAUAGGGAGGAGUUCGGGAAAGAAGGCCGGGGAUUGGUACGGCCCGUCCAUUGUGGCACACAUACUGCGGAAAGCUGUGGCUAAUACAACUGUUCUUCACAACCUGGCUGUGUAUGUCGCUCAGGAUUGUACAGUGUACAAGGAGGACGUAGCGCAUCUGUGUGAGCCGCCACUCGGCCACAGUCCCCCAGAAUCGGACAACCAAGGCUGGAAGUCAGUCAUCAUCCUGGUGCCCGUCCGUCUGGGCGGGGAGGCCUUCAACCCGUCUUACAUUGAAUGUGUCAAGAACAUCCUAAAGCUGGAAUGUUGUAUUGGAAUCAUUGGAGGCAAACCAAAGCACUCUCUCUACUUUGUUGGUUUCCAAGAUGAGCAGCUGCUAUAUUUGGACCCUCACUACUGCCAACCAGUGGUGGACGUCACUCAAGUCAACUUUCCACUUGAGUCCUUCCACUGUAGUUCUCCCAAAAAGAUGCCCUUCACUCGAAUGGAUCCCAGCUGCACCAUCGGCUUUUAUGCGAGGAACAAGAAAGACUUUGAGUCUUUAAUUUCUGCUGUCAGUUUGGCCCUGUCAUCGUCAACAGAGAGGUACCCCAUCUUCACUUUCGUGGAGGGCCAGAGUCACGACUAUGGCCUCGAGGCGCACAGCAGUAACCACACUGGUCCCGCGCCACACAUCCUUCCCCCUGGCAAGGCAGCUCGCCUUAACAACAGACAAAACAGUGACGAGUUUGUCUUCCUGUGAGACCGCGAGGCCAUCUGUCUGUUUUAUUGGAGCGACCUGACCCGGAAAAACAAACAUGGGUUUUAUAAGCUAACAUUGAUCCAUUUGCCGUUCAUGACAGGCACGCCUGGACAAGAAGUCAUGGGGGGGGGGAAAAAAACUGGCCGACAAGUCCCAUAGUCUCAAUGUCACAUAUCCUUGGUCAGGAGCAAGCUCUGCUGUUGUGUGUUGGUGUGUGUGUGUGUCUCCUUUAGAUUUCUAAUUCUUUGACUAUUUAUCGAGUGUAUGAAUGUGCGAGUGUGCGUGUUAAGUUUGGACUUUUGGCAAGUAGAAAAGUAAUUAUGUGUCAACACACUGAAGGUAAGACGUCUCAAAGCGCUGUACGUUCGUUCGUGUUUGUCUUGUACUCGCUAAUCACAAUAGUGCACUCGUGAUCGCAUUGCAUAUCUGCCGCUCUUUUAUUUCACGCAAGGGUUUCACACGAUAACGGUGCUGAUGGUAGAACACCUGAUUUCAUUUCACAUUCUGGGUUUGUUUGCUCUGUGGUUGUUCUCUUGUCACUCUUCACAGGGACUGAUCAUGAUCUAUUCUUUGACCGUAUGUAAAGUUUAUUACUACUGGAGGGUUGCACUACUACUGUGUUUAUUUUCCUCAUUAAACUAAACACACUGAAA